UAUAAAAUUUACAUAAAAGGUCUAGCUCGCGUUCGUCUUUCCUUCUCUUCCUAAAUAUUUAAAAAACUGAUAGUAAUAAACUCCGAAUAGAAAAUGUAUAAAGUGGACACGGCUAGCGCGUUGCGCGAAGCUACGGAGCCUGGUGUGAUAACUCAAAAUAUACUUGUUUCCCUAGCGAUCGACCAGGGACCAAGGAGAGAAGCCGGCAGAUUGUUCCUCGAAGACGGAAUCGAAUUGGACGGAUUGAAAGAAAUUCGCAUCGAGUUCCUUAAUAUUCUAAACAUUGAUCAUCUUUGGCCGUUGAAAAAUCUAGUCAAAUUAUCACUAUCCCAUAAUGUUAUCGAGAGAAUCGAGAAUCUGGAUGAACUUGUCCAUCUCAGAGAAUUGGAUCUCUCCUUUAAUCGUAUUAAAAUUAUGGAAAAUUUGGAUAAUUUAGAUCAAUUGGAAAUUUUGCUUUUGUACAGUAAUGAAAUCUCUAUUGUACAAGGCAUAAGUAAUUUAAAGAAAUUGAUAAUUUUGAAUAUUGGUAAAAAUAAGAUCAUGGACUGGAAGCAUGUCAUAUAUUUACGUGAUUUUAAAUCAUUGAGAAGUUUAAACACAUGCAAUAAUCCUUGUACUGAAAUAGAUGGAUACUUGGAUUAUCUGUUUGCAUUUGUGCCGCAAUUAAUUUACUAUCAAUAUAGAAUGAUAUCUGAGAGUGAGCGUCAAUCCGCCAUCGAUAAGCAUUAUCGUAUUAUUAGUAACCUCGAGGAAAACGAGACAAAAGUACAAACAGAAUUAGCAUUACAACAAGAACUUAAAGACAGGCUUGCAUUACUAUCUGCAUCAUAUGUGGAGUAUCUCGAUGAAGAUUAUCUUUUUGAACAAAUGUUUUCUCUCGAUGAAGUUGGCAGGAAAUUAUACACAAUAAAUGAAAAUACACAGAAUGCAUUUGAAGAAUACAAAAAAACUUUUUCUGCAAUAUGCCAUGAAUUAUACGAAUUAGGUUUACAGGAACAUGAUAAAAGAACAGAGGAAAUAAGAUUAUUUGAAUGCGUUGUUAACGAAGGCAAGGAAAAUAAACAAAACGUAGCAAGAAAAAUUGUGGAUGAAGUAUUCGAGAAAAAAACGGAAAUAUUUACAAACAUAAAAAAUGUAAUGACAGCUUUGAUAGAGGGACGAGAGGGAGAAGCCAAUGCAACUCAUGACAUUACUGCGAAAGCGACGGAAUUGUAUAAUGAAUUCAAUAAUUUAUUAUUUAAAGCACGAAAUCAAUUAAUGUCUAAAGAAGUUAUAUUACAUGAUCAGAUGGAAGAUAUAAAUGAAGUCUUUAGAAUUAAUAUGAUGGACAUGAUCAAUUUAUUCUUAGAAACCGCACGAGGAUAUUUUUCUUUAUUACGAAAGUCGCAAGCUGAAUAUAAUAAUACUAUAGAUGAAUUAAUUUCACAUUAUAUAAGCGGUUUUGCGGAUGAGGUACAUAUACCAGCUGAUCUUAAAGAUUUGUGUGGUGAUAAGGAUACUUUGAUUACUACGCUUACCGCGUCACACGAUGUACACUUGCAAGUAAUAAAUAAUCGAGAAGAACUGAUGGUAAAUCGACUCAAUAAUUGGUUUAAAGAUUAUAUGAAUCAAUUAAUUGUAAAUGAAAAUAAAAGAAAUCAUCAACAAAUAUUGGAAAUAUCGCAUUUCUUUGGAUUUCUAGAGCAAGAAUUUAAAUUGCUAAGUCCAUCACAAGAAUUAGGCUUGACUGAUAUUGGCUUAGAUGAUAUAUUGGAAGAUUAAUAACAUGUUACGACAUUUCGUCUCUUUUAUUUAAUAUGAAAAGUAGAUAAUUUAGAAAAUAAAACUGCAUUGCAAUCAUAUCACAUGGACAAGAUGCUAUUUCUUUUUUUGUAUUGAUAUUUAUUUCAAUAUUUGAAUAUAUUCAAAAAUAUAUUUGAGUAAAAAAUCCUCUAAGAGGAAAUGAGAUACCAGAAGCUCGUAAACGCUAAAAAAUGCUAAUAAAAUAAUAAAAACCCAAAUACAAAUUGCUAUGUCUGAUCUUGAAUGCUUAUCAAAGCCGAUCCUUUUCUUCAAAUGUAACAAAUUUUUUUUUACAAUAAAAUUGAAAACGGGAAAAAAGAUAUGUAAAAGCAGGAGAGAGGAAGAGAAGAGGAAAUUUGUGGAAUUGAAUUAUCAUGCUUUACACAAUAUAUAUUUGUAAAUGCAAGCACACAUGGGAAAUUUCGAAACUAUUAAGAUAAGUGAUAAAUAUAAAUGAUAAAAAAAGCACGGAAAGCAUUUACAGGUGAUAGAUAAUCGAAAAAAUAUCAAUCAAAAAUUAAUCGCGUAAGUAUUAUUAUUCUAAUAAUAUUUUUAAUUCAUAAAUUUGUUGUAUAUUUUGUAAUAGAAAAUUUUAUGAUUAUAUAAAAUUUUUAUUAAAUGGGAUUAUAUGUAUAUAUAUAUAUACAUAUAAAAUAAAA